AAAUAAAACCAACUUGGUUGUAGAGACUAGAAAGCCAGAAGUAGCAUUCUACUAAUGAAUUGCUUACAUUUUCAACAUGCAGCCAAAACUACACUCAGCCAAAAAAUACUAAAAAGCCAUUUUAAAAUCUUAUUAUAUGAGCUGCAUAAGGAAUAGCAAGGGGAAUAUAAUGUUCAACUCUUAGUUUUUCUCAUACAAACUCCCGUGUUAAUGAAAAUGACUUGUUUUCUAGUUGUCAUACCACACCCUAUCCAUCAUCAUGACAAUUAUGAAUAUAUAUGAUUAUAAGAAGAUUGAAUUACUGUCAUGUUACUCUUGCUAUCUCCGCCUAUUCUUCCUAUAAUAUGUAAUCUACUUUGUUGAUAACCCUCUGUUCUCUCCAUUUUUUUUUGUCAUUCUAAAGAGAAACUGUGUAAGACUAAUGGGUUUGUUCAAAAGUAAGGGUGUGGUUUAUAGGCCUGUGAAGGAUGUGAAUUUAGGACCUGAUAGCAGUGAAUUCUAUCUCCAAGCCAAUGUCAAAGCUCCCCGCAUGGCUGGAAUCUUGGUCAAGAUUUUCACUUGGUUCUUGGAAUCUUCAAUAUUUGGAUCCAAGCUAUUGUAUAUAUUGAAGGGAAACAAUCUAAUUCAUAAGCUUAUUACAAAUGCAAAGUUAGAAGAGUCACCCCUCUAUGUUCCCUCACAUCAUUUCGAAGAUCACAGAGAACAAGAAGUCAAAUUCUUAGAUUCUGCUUUAACUCCACCAGAGCAAGUUCAACAUGCAAUAGAGUGCUUACCUGCAUCUUCAGAAAAAGCUCUAAAUGGAACGAAGCCUUCAUUCUGUCGCUGGACCAUAAUGGACUAUUCAAGAGCCUACAACUCGGGAGAUAUAACACCACUCAUGGUUGCAGAAAGAUUUAUAGCUGCUGUUGCUGAAUCUUCAAAACCUCCACUCCAAAUGGGAUUCUUUAUUAACUACAAUGCUGAUGAUAUACUAAAACAAGCAAAAGAAUCAACUCUUCGAUAUCAGAAAGGGGAGCCUACAUCUGUGCUAGAUGGAAUUCCUGUUGCUGUCAAGGAUGAAAUAGAUUGUUUGCCAUAUCCAACUACAGGAGGUACAAAGUGGCUGCACAAAGAAUGGCCUUGUAUAGAUGAUGCUUAUUGUGUCAAGCGUCUAAGAUUAUGUGGUGCCAUACUUGUUGGGAAGACUAAUAUGCAUGAACUUGGAGCUGGAACUAGUGGUAUCAAUCCACAUUAUGGGGCUGCUAGAAACCCAUAUGAUACCAAUAGAAUUGCAGGAGGUUCUUCUAGUGGAUCUGCUGCUGUGGUGUCUGCAGGGUUGUGUCCUGUUGCACUUGGCGUUGAUGGGGGAGGUUCUGUGAGGAUGCCUGCAGCUCUUUGUGGUGUUGUUGGUCUAAAACCAACUUUUGAUCGUGUACCUCAUUCGGGAGUCCUUCCUCUGAACUGGACAGUUGGGAUGGUUGGAAUACUAGCAGGCAAUGUUGAGGAUGCAUUGAUCGCUUAUGCAGCUAUCAGUGGUGAAGUUCCAUCCCAUCAGCCCCCUAGUAUGCUUACCAAGAUAAAUCUUCCACUGCUGCCCUUCACAAAGUCCAUAUCAGACAUCAAGUUGGCAAAAUAUGGGAAGUGGUUUGAUGAUUGCAGUGAUGAUGUCAGAAUAUGCUGCUCCAAUGCUUUAAGCGAGCUUCAGAAUCAUUAUGGUUGGAAGGUGGUAGAUGUCACUAUACCAGAAAUAGAAGCAAUGCGCUUGGCACAUUACUUAACAAUUGGAUCAGAGUGUUCCACUUCGCUUGAUUCUUUUGGAGAGAAACAUUUUGCAGAAUUAGGAUGGGAUGCAAGGGUAGCACUUAGCAUCUAUGGCGCUUUCAACAGCAAGGAGUAUAUUAAAGCUCAGAAAAUGAGGAAUCGCCAGUUGCAGUUUCACAAGAAAAUAUUAGCUGAGGCAGAUGUCAUUGUGUCACCAACAACAGGUGUGACUGCAUACCCAAUUCAAGAUGAUGCACUCAAGACUGGUGAACUUGACUAUGUCAAUGGAGCUGCACUUGUUCGGUAUUCCAUAUCAGGAAACUUCCUGGGACUUCCUGCAGUAACUGUUGCGGUUGGUUACGAUAAAUUGGGUUUACCUAUUGGUCUUCAGUUUAUAGGAAGGCCUUGGGCUGAAGCAACACUGAUCCACUUGGCAUUUGCAAUGCAGGCCAUAUGCUUGUCAGAAUACAGAAAGCCAGAUAUUUUUUAUGAUCUGCUAAGAAAAGAUUAAAUGGAGUCGGGCAUAUCAGAAGGAACAUACUCAAGCAAUUGCAUGCAUGCAUGUCUUUUCAAGCAAAAGCAGAACCAUUUUGUUGUCAUUGUUUGAUCUGUUGGGAGUCUUUUUCUUCAUUUAUUUUUGUCACAUUCUGUUAUUAUUUUGUCAACAUUAACAUCUCACUCCAUGGCAUGUUUCGCUUUUUUAAGCCAUAUAAUUCAAAUCGUUGUC